GCGGAGGCCUAUAGGGGCCUGGCAGACGCCCGCCAAUUGGGCAAGCCAGAGAAAUUCUCUGGAGAGCCGGCGGCCUUUGAGGAUUGGUCGUUUGUGCUGGAGGCCUAUAUGUGUUGCGUGAACCGUGGCUUCCAGGCGCUCUUUGAGUGCAUCCGUUACUCCGAUGUGCCGGUCCUCCAGGCCAGCCUCAGCCCAGGGGAGGCGGAGCUGUCGACACAGCUCUUUUAUACCUUGGUAAUGCUCCUCCAGGACCGGGCGCUGGACAUAGCCCAGAACACAGACCUGGGCAGCGGCCUGGAGGUUUACAGGAAGCUGGUGAGUGAGUACCGGCCCCCGGUUGGCAAGCCGCUUCGUGGGACACUCAGCCAGCUUAUGAGCCACAAGUUCACGGCCAGCCUCGAGGCCGAGAUCCCCUUCUUCGAGAAGCUCGUGCGAAGGUACGAGGCCGAGACCGGCAAGCAGCUUGAUGAUACAAUCAAGCUGGGGAUCAUUAUCAAUGGCCUCCAAGACGAGUCCCUCAAGCAGCACGUGGUGAGGAACUCAGCGAGGCUCAAGACAUACCAGCUGCUCAAGGACGAGCUCUUGGAGGUGGCUCGAACGAGCCGAGUGCUGGCCGAGCAGCCGGUGCAGAUGGACAUGUCGGCCCUUCCAAAAUGGAAGCAGAAGCCCCCAAAAGCGGGCAAGGAUAAUGUUCCCAAGGCGGGGGUCAAGGCCAAGGAAGAGCCCGAGCCCAUGCUUGCAAGCCCCACCUUGGCCGAGGAGCGCGACUACGUGGCGGCAGUGAUACUGCCUCAGGAGACCAUAGAGCUUCAAAAGAAGCGUGGGGUGUACUGGCUGCCGGUGCAAAGCGAUGAAAGCAAAGACACCGAACCCACGGUGUUGGCAGCAACCAAGGCAGCAAAGAAAGUGGUGCCAGCAGAGGCCAUGAGCCUCGAAGAGGGUGCGGGAGGAACCGCCCCGGACCAAGCUACGGAUGGAAUCGCGCUUGAAAAUCCACCAAAGGAAGACUCGGGAGGCCCAGCUAGGUCAAGCUCCAGCAGGGGUCCAGAGAACCCGAUCCAAGCGGCGGAUAGACCCGCGCUUGGAAAUCCACCAGAGGAAGACUCGGAGGCACAGCGCAAGACCAGAUCGAAGCGCAUCCCAGACCUGGUAUCCGAGCAGGAGUACAGGGAUCCCAUGAUGACUCACCUCCCGUUUCGCUCCUGGUGCGACCACUGUGUCGCUGGAAAGUCCAGGGAGGACUCUCACCCGUUGCGAGAGGCACGGAAGUGUAAGGGCGAGGUCCCCCGUUUCUGCGUAGACUAUGCCUUUUUAGGCAGAUCGCUGAAGGGCGAGAUGCCUAAGACGGCAGAGGCCUUGAAAGAACCCCUUGACACGGAGGACGCCCAACGACCAAUACUGGUCAUGGUGGAUCAGGAAACGGGAGCGACCUUCUCCUACUUGGUCACAAAGGGGGUCAACAACUACGCCGUUCAUGUUAUGAACGAGGCCCUCAAGUUUGCGGGAAGACAAAGGGUGAUCAUCAUGUCGGACGGUGAGCCCGCGAUCCGAGCCCUGGUGGAUACGGUGGCCAGACAGGCCGGAAGGGAAACUCAGGUGCAGCACGCACCAAAGCAAACACAUGGACCCAGUAACGGGGCAGCCGAACGAGCUAUCCUAGAAGUGGCCAGGCAGGCCAGGACGCUGGUCCAUGCCCUCGAGACACGUUACCCUGGAUAUCAACUCAAGGGUGACAACGAGGCUGAUGGAAAGACGCCCUAUGAACGGCUGAAAGGUCGAGAAUAUAAGGACGAGAUAAUGGAUCCACUGGCGGUGACGGGCACACCCUGGCAGCCCAAGGGCCAGGCGUUGGUAGUACCGGGUGACAACAAGCCGCUCACCCUGCCAGAUGGACGCAAGGGGAGAUCUGCAGGAGAAGUGAAGCCACACAGCCCAGAGUGCAGGAAGAGGUUCAGUGAACUCUACCCUCGAGAGGCCGCAGGCUACAGCACAGAGCCGGGCGAAGAGGGGGCACAGACUGUGGAGGGGGAUGCAAUGGUCAUCUCCGGGGCUGGUGCUUCCGGCGCGGGAGGCCCCGCCCAGGAAGGUGAGCCUCAGGGAUCGGGAGGAACCGACUCUGUGCAAAGCCGCAAGGACCUCAAGAAGCAGUUGGCCGACAAGGCAAGGGGGCGGAGAGAAGCCGCGCAGCAAACACAGGAAGAGCCUAAGAGGUUCAGGCUUACACAGAAGGGCUCCAAGAGAACUGCAGAGGUUCCUGUGGAAGAAGUGGAGACGCUGCUUGCAGCUUAUCCUGAAGAUGGGCUGCUGGAGAGCCAGGGUGCGUUUGACGAACGCACAGGGGAGGCGCUUCCUGUUGAAAAGGUCAAGAAAGCGCGUGGCCGUGAGCUUGACAAGAUGCUAGAGCACAACGUCAAGGAGGACAUCACCUGGGAAGAGGCGAAAAGCCGAAGACUCAAAAUAGUCAAGAGCAGAUGGGUAGAUGGCUGGAAGCCACUCCCAGAUGACCCCCAGGGUGUCCGGAGUCGGUGUGUGGCUCAGGAAGUCAACGUGAGCCAACGGGAUGACGUGGCAUCCGGGACGCCUCCGUUGAAGGCCCGCCGGAUGAACCUGUCCCACGCGGCUACCAAGGCUCCAGGCGCGCGUGCUAACAAGAAGCUUAUCGCCAGAUACGACGUAUCAGUGGCAUUCUUCCAUGCAGAAUCAAUAGGGAAGAUUGCUGUGGUUCCAUCAAAGGACUUAGACCAGAGUCGCUUGUGGUUCCUGAACAAGGCGAUAAAUGGAACGAGGGAAGUGUCCAAGCAAUGGACAGCAAAGAUCCUCAAGAACAAGAAGAAAUGGGGAUUCUUGGAGAUAGAAUCCGUGCCAGGACUUUUCUAUCAUCCUGUCCAUGACAUCAUGGUGGGCUGCCAUGGGGACGACUUCCUGGCUUCGGGCGAGAAGCCAGCCUUGGAGUUUUUGGACGGCCUCAUGCUCGAAGAGUAUGAGGUAAAGAUCCUCCCCAAGUUGGGGGAAGGCUACACGUGGGAGGCAGAUGGAAAGUACGCAAGACUCCUCACACAGGAGAUCAACCUUGAAGGCGGAAAAGGGGUUGACACCCCAGCCUCCAAGGAGACAAGAAAGAACGACAGGUUUGCGGAGGAGGAGCUGUCGCCUGAGGAGGCCAGUGAAUUUCGAAGGCUCGCAGGGACAGCGCUGUAUUUGAGUCUUGACCGGCCCACGAUACAGUUUGCAAAAAGCGACAUUACUGCAGGAAUGGCCAAGCCGCGUCGCAUUCACAUGCACCGGCUCAAGCGCCUAGCCCGCUACCUACUCAAAUUUCCGUCGGAGAUGUGGAUCUACAAGUACCAG